AUGUUCGGAACAUUCUCUUGCUUAUCGAAAGGAAUUGUCAUAUUGAUUCCGUCGUUCAUCAUCUUAGCGGUCGCUCAAACCAAGUUCGUACUAUGGUUUGGUCUAAUAUUAUUCUCUUUCGCUUCAAGUGUUGUUAUCAAUGUUAUCAAUAGUUUUGCAUCGAAAUAUGGUUUGCAAAAUGAAAAAGGUGCGAUUCUCGGAAUCUUUCGAAGUUUACAAGCAUUAGCUCGUGCAAUUGGCCCAUUGACUGCUUCAUUCGCAUACUGGUCAAUUGGUGAAAAGGCGACUUAUAUAAUCGGUAGUCUUGGUUUACUCUGCCCUCUUCUAAUUCUUGUCAAUGUUCAACAUCGUCUUCGAGCAUUGCCGAUGAAAAUCGCAAAAUAA